AUGAAAGGUGGAGAUAGGGUAUAUGAAUCAACAGAAGGGUGUCGAGAAGGGGCUUCAACUCCGGAUCCAAUAGAAGCUUCGACGGAUGCCGCAGUUCCAAGAAAAGCUCUGACGGAUGCCGUUUCUCCAACAGAAGCUCCAAUGGAUGCCGCUGUUGUUCCAACAGGAGAACCGACGGAUGCCGCUGUAAUCGUUCAGACAGUGGAAUCCGUAGAAGCAACCAUCGAAUUAGAAGUUUCUUCGGUUCCGGAAUUGUCUGAUAAAGAAGAGAAAGAAGAAGCCAGUGAGUCAAAGGAAGAUGAAGUCGGUGAGCAUGAUAAAGAAGGUGAGUCUGAUAAAGAAGAAGAAGUGCGUGAGUCUGAUAAAGAAGAAGAAGUCUGUGAGUUGUCAAUUGAUGGUCAGGGUUGUGAUAACGAGGAAGAAGAGAGAGUUGGUGAUGCUGAGGGUAGAAAAAGGAGUGGUGAUAAUGAGGAGGAAGAUGUUGCUGGUGUUGUUAAGGUAAGUAACAAAUAUAGUUGA